AUGUCUACUCGUGCAAGACCGCCUGCUAGUCAGCGCCCUACCACUCCGCCAGACCCUACUCUUCGUACACGCCCAGUCCCGAGAACCCGCAAUUUCACAUGCCGAUCUUUUGGGCCUGAUGCUGUACCGAAUAUCAACGAGCUUGUUCAGCCUCUUGAGGAUGUGCGCCAAGAUGCAGACCCUGCUACAUAUGUGAAUCCGAUGGACGCACAACUCUUCGCAUCGCUACAGGAUGACAUCUGGGAUUUGCUCAAAGAAAUCGAACUACACGAAUUCGAUUAUAACGAAGCAGGAGAGAUGAGAGGCCGUGACCCAACAUGGGGCUUCUAUGCAUUCGUCACUGAUUAUUCAGCCAACGUGCUAGACAAGAUUCCCCAGGCCAUGGAUCAUCUCAUUGAAGUGACUCGCCGCAAUAGCCGAGCGCAGUCUAUAACUGCCUACACGGACGAGGCAUGUCACCGCUUCAAACUCAGUGUCGUGGAAGAUGAAGAGACCUUGUCCGGUGCAUCAGACGAUCGCAUUCGCGAGGAGUUUCAAGCGUAA